UUAUGUAUGCAAAUAUCAAGCUAAUGUAAUCUGCUGUCUACCAUGUCUCCCACAAAUUGUUGGAAUUUACGAGUGACUGCUGAGGUAAAUCAAGGAGGAAGGAGAUACAUGGAAGAUGUGACGGCAGUGCAAUUCGAACGUGCAAAACAAAACAAAAAAGUUGUGGAAUAUGCCGCAUUUGCUAUAUUUGAUGGACAUGGCGGCAAAGAAGCCGCACAUUUUGCCAGAGACAAUAUUUUAGACAAUAUUAAAUGUCAAAAAGGAUUUUUUUCUAAAGAUGUUGAACAAGUUAAGAGGUCAAUAAAAGACGGAUUUAUCGCAACACAUCACCAAAUGUGGCAACAUUUACCCACAUGGCCAAAGACGUAUAACGGACAUCCCAGUACAGCAGGUACAACUGUUAGUCUGGUCCUUAUCCGAGGAAACAAGAUGUACGUUGCUAAUGUUGGUGAUUCAAUGGUAGUCAUGGGAACAAGAGAAUAUCGCUUCAAAAAUAAUGCCAGGGCUUUUCAGGCUAUGGAGCUGACUGUUGAUCAUAAACCUGAAUUACCAGAAGAAAAAAAAAGAAUUGAACACUGUGGAGGAUGUGUUAUGAAUAAAGCUGGAGUAAAUAGAGUCGUAUGGAACAGACCUAAAAUAACACACAGUGGUCCAAUUAGAAGAAGCACAAAACUUGACAGAAUACCAUUUCUUGCAAUUGCACGUUCACUCGGUGAUUUAUGGAGCUUCAAUUCAGAAUUAAAUGAAUUUAUAGUAUCGCCAGUACCUGAUGUGCAUUGCUAUGACUUAGUUGAUGGAAGAGAACAAUUUAUUGUACUUGCAAGUGACGGACUUUGGAAUAUGGUUCGUCCUUAUGAAUCUGUCACGAGUGCUGGGACAUUUGAUCAAAGAAAGCAACAAAAAUUAGUAACUGGUACUCCUGCACAUGAAUUAGUACAACUAGCAUUGGAUAGAUGGAAAAUGCGGGCGAUGAGAGCAGAUAACACAAGCGUUAUUGUUGUUUAUAUUGAAAGAAAGAAAAUGGAAUCGACUGCUAAGAAAAGGGAUACUUAUUCUGAAAGUUGGACAAGUGCAAGACUAGAAGGCUCCAAAACUCCAGAUGACAACAUGCCCUAUCGAAAUGCUGACAAGGAAACUGAGGUUGUUAACUCAGAUCCACCUACACCAAGACUUGAAGAUGAGACCAGAACUGGUUUGGUACCUGUUCCCCUUGGUGCUCCCAUUCCACCUCAAGUUGAAGCUGAAUCAUCUGAUUUAAGUUCCAAAGAUGUGGAGCCGCUUCAGGACAGCAGCAUAUCUUCAUCAAGUGGUGAUAUUGAUGAGAAUCGCAUUUGCAAACCAAUUCCAAAAUUAGUUCGAUCUAACAGGAGGGACAGGCUUGACGACAUGAUGUCAGAAUCGACCAGUGAAGGGGAUGAUAUUGAUAAACCAAGCAGUAGUAAUAUUGCCGAAAAUCAAUCUGGAAACGACGAUGAUACUUCAGAAUCCAAACCAGUACGCAGAGUUACAAGGAGAUUAUCUAAAGAUAUUGAAAAAUCGAUGAAGCGGUCCACAAGAUCAUCACAUGGCAAGAACAACGAUGACAAGGAGGGAGAAAAGAAAGCUGUCAAGCGUAGAAAAUCAGAAGAAUUUACAACAACGGCAUCCAAGUGUCGCAAGAUUGGUUCACCAUCGGAGAGGGCAGGACGAACUGAAACUCGUAGAUCGACACCUGCACUUGCAAAAACAGCCGCAACUAUCAAAAGAAAAACAGAAAAAUUGGGAAAAUCUGCACAAACGUCACUUCAAAAGAGACCAAACUCUGCUGAAAGACUCGCAGUCAAAUCACAAACAGCUAAACCUGCUCCAAAACUAAACCCUGUUGCAAGACGUAAAAGUGAACCUGUCCUGGCGCGAAGAAGUACUCGUGUUCCUAAAACUCCAGCAAAAAUUUCGAAAUAAGCCGACCAGUUUUAUCAAUAUCUGCCAACCAAGCUAGAUGAAGUCUAAAAUGUACCAGUACCUUUUUUGCUUUUUCUCAUUACGAGGAUGCUUCUCGAAAGUGUAUAGAAAUUAUUUUUACUGCCAAAAGAAUUGCAGCAAUGGGAAGCCGUUCUCGCUUUUAGUAGUUAUUUUAAUAUCGAUUUUAGCUGUAUUUUAAAAUUUUAAUUGACUGAAUUUUCUUUCUAUAAAUAUUAGAGUAAAGAAAGUUUGAAAGCCUCAUAGCUUUGUGUACUAGCUUUGAUGACAAGACCCUGAAGAAAAACUGCACUUCAUCAAGUUAUAGACCAAACUAAACCAUUUGAUGACCAAUUUUUAUUGCUUGGUUAUCCAAUUUUGUUUUACUGGAGGUCUGGAGCUAUUAUUUGUCAUUUCGUUAAUAAAAAUCAUUAUCAGUAUUCUUUUUGAAAUGGAUUGUUGCCACUCAAAUUGUUGUUCUGUGUAAUCAGUUUGUCUUUUGUCGAUGAAAGCUUUUCAUUUGUUUCUAUGUUAAUUUUAACUAAAUUUGUAAAGCUUAUUAUUUACUGUGUUAGGAUCCUAAUAUAAGAAUGAGCUUUUCAUGCAAGAAAACAGGCUGUUUUUUUUUAAUCCUGACGUUUAUGGAAAUAUCAGCAUGACAAUAUAAAUAUUAUUUCAUCAUUUAAUUGAAGACUUUAUUCAUCAAGCAUGCAUGGAAAACUAUUUAUUUUUAGGAAACAUAUUCUAUCAUUGACUUCUAAAUCGGAUAUACAUACUUUGUGUAUUUCAUUAAGUUAGGAAACUACUUUUGGCUAAAUUUGGGUGUCUGGGAACAUUCUUUCUUAUUGCCGUUAUUAUAGCAACGAUUACAUAUAAUGAUAGAUUUCGAGUGAUUUUCUACAAAACAGAUCAGUUCAAAUAUUGGAAAUUAAAUCUGGUACAAAAACCUCCUCAUGUUGAGUGUAGGUUAAAAGCCAGUGUUUUACAUAGCUUUGGUGCACAAUCAGUACUUUAUGUGCUGUUCUGGUUGCGUAUUUAAAGGUAGCUUUUGGUUCCUUUUAUUUACAAACUUACGAUUAAUAGAACAUUUUAAUCUGUUGUUUUUGUGACUACGUUUUGUGUUUUAUUUAAGAAAUUCUUUUUAUUCUUUUCCUGUGCAGGAGUUUUCUCUGUUUAAUGUCGUUUUAUAUGAAUGAAUUUCCGACUGCACUCAUUUCAUCUCUCCUGACUGUAAUUUGCUUUUUAAUAUUGAAAUUGUUAAAAUAUGUUCUUGUUGCUUCAUUUUUUUUCGAAAUGCUAAAAAAGUAGUGAUAUUGAUUGACUAAAUGUUCUAAUGAAAUUUUAUCCAGAAUUUUGUUACCGAUGGUUUUAUGUUCUCCCUCAUACCUUUGUCUUUACACUAUUGUAAACAGUUUACUCCACUUCAUAUUUCAUGUGAACGUCUUUUAUAUUUCAAUAAAACUAGGUUUAAUCAA